AUGUACCAGGCUAGUAAAUGUAAGCUCAAUACCUUCGAUUUUACAGUUGGUAAUCUUCCAUUGUCUUUCUUCCUUUAUUCUAUUAUUAUGUCUCUUCAUUCGGUUCAUGGUUCUACUUCUCGCAUCACUGAUAACCAACUCUUAAUUCGUGCAUACACCGUUACCAAAAGAGAAAGCACUCUUUGGGCUGACUUCAAACACAAAAUGUCUAGCUUGCUUAUAGAUACCCUCAAGGAGGAUUUGGAUGCCCAGAUUGCCGAACAGCUAGAUACGGACAAAGAAUUGCGCCAAGUGGCAGAAAACUAUCUCCAGGAAAUUCUUGUCAAUGAACAACUACUUUCAACGGAGGUUUUCACCACAACCUCACAGCCAGAUUCAGGCAGAAACAAUGAGCAAAGAAGGACGCUUACUGAAGAGAUUGCCGAAAUAGAAGCAAAGCAGCGGCAGAUUUCCACACAGUUGGGCGAAAUCACCAACUCAAACAGAGAACUAGUCAUAGGCGUCAGCCAGAAUUUGAAGACUGCUACAACCAAGGUAACUUCUGAACUCGAGAAGCAGAUACAGACAACGCUUGACAACUUGGACCAAAACCAUAUCACUCUUAGUUCGAAAACUAUAGAGAAAGAUAUUCAAGCGAUGUCGUCAGACAAUUCGAUCUUGUUGAAUGUCGAUUCUAUCUUAGAUAUCUUCGAGCUUCCCACAUUGUGCAGACUCUGUAUCAUGCAAGGUAAUUAUCAAGAAGCCUUGGAAAUUGCGACCUUAGUCAAAAUGUUUGCCAUUAAACACUCUAAGUUCGAAACUUUCCGGUUGAUGCAAGCUCAAAUCGAAAAAGAAUUGCGCCUUAUGACCAAAGGAUUGGUCAAGCUUCUCAAUACGAAUCUAAAACAGUCAAACAUCCUUAAAAUCUUCCAGAUUUUAAGCCGACCCGACAUUUUCCCAACCUCAGAAGGCACGGGUGCUAGAAGUCGAGAAAAAGCCUUAAACCUCAUCUACUUAAAUUCUCGCUUCAAGUUCAUUACAUCCGAGGUGGAGUCUUUGAAACCGCUCCUCAAAUUGAAAAAAUGGACCUACGUGAAAAGGUAUAUCGAGGUAUAUCGUGAGUUCCUUUUCAACUCAUUAUCAAUCUAUCAAGCUAUAUUUGAGAAUAGUUCAUUGACUUCUUUAAAAACUGAAGACCUGUUCAUGGUAAACAUGUACAUCAAGUCAUUGUUAGAUCCGUUACUUGCAGUCUUGAAAGAACAUCUACGUGCACGUUCAGAGGAUGAAGAAGAGGCCGAGUUCGAGAACAAACGAGAUGGUGUCAUUUUACAGAUUAUCUAUCUCUGUCGCUCAUUGGCAAAAUAUGGCAUGGACUUCGAAAGCGCUGUUACUUGGGAAUUGUGUGAGAAGGAGCCGGCACUCAUUUCUGAAGCUGACUGGAUCCGUAAUUUGGCCAAAGUGAAGAAGUUUAGAGCUUAG